AAAGGUCGGCGUCGCAAGAUGCGAUGUCAGUUCACGGCCCAAGACGAUCUUGCGUGUGCACCGUGCAAAAGUCGAGGCAAAAUAUGUCGCGAUCAGGACUUCGCCGACGAUUCAGAGGCAUCACAGCUGUCCAUGCGACACCUCGCGCAGCGUUUGAGCAGGCUUGAGGAGUUGAUGGGGAAGCUUGCGGAGCGUGUAGCUCUUGACCCAUCACCCAAUCUACUCACUGGCCUCUCCACAAAAAUCUUAACCAGCUUGUCUUCAGUUGCUGCGAAUGGAGUCAAACAAGGAGUCAUCAGCACAUCGAGGGACCCUUCGGAUUCCACAGCCAGAUACGGGCUAUCGCAAAAGGAAGAUGGUAGCAGUAAACCCUUAUCCUUCACUCACAACCAAGCCCAUGAAGCGUACUUGGGCUUGGGUCUUCCCGGAGACCUAACUCGCUGAUCGCAAAUCCCUCUCGAGCUCCCUCUCCUUUUCUUGACAACUCACCAACUCCUGAACCCGCAGUGUUUGCCUAUGGGAGAGACUCCUCAGAGUCAUACAAAGCUGAACAUUUCGCCUCUGUGCCGAAUCCUUUUCAGAUUGAGUAUAGCCUCCAUUCAUAACUGAUUCUAGCUCUGUUCUUUCCUUUAUCAUGGCCUGGAUUUCCCGCCUUCCCGUGUCGACGUUUAUUUGCAACAUCUGCAGACGGAUUCUGAGGCUUUUGAGCUCUGCCUCGAUCUGGGAUUUGGAGGGCAUGGUGUUAUGAGUGUGCUGUUGAGUGGUAG